AAAAAAAAAUAAAGAGCCAUCUUUAUACAGGAAAACAAAGGAAAGGCUUUACUCUUUAGAGCCAGAGUGGAGUGGAGAAGAGAUUGCCGACUGUGUGCGAGAGAUUGACGAAUGGAGCGUAGGAGAGAGGCCGGAGGUUAGAGUUGGCUGGUGGUCAAGCGGGCGAGCUUGUAGCAGUGUCCUGCGCCUCCUAGGCUCCUACUUCUUGGCUGCCGGAGGAAAUUGCAGCACAUUUUAGAGAGUGAUUUUGGUCUGGUCUGCGUAGCAGCGUAGAGAUAGCAAAGAUGACAAACAUUCGCUUCGUAUCCACGAGUACCGUCCGGCCAGCGAGUCCCAGCGAGUCAACCCCAAGGAUUGAGCUGACUCCAUUGGAUCUUCAAUUCCUCUUAGCUGAUCACAUCCAAAAGGGCCUCCUCUUCCUCAAACCCACACCCUCACAAGAAGAAAAACUAAAACCCACUCUCAUUGAUCACCUAAAGAUCUCUCUGUCCCGCACAUUGGACAUUUUCUAUCCUCUCGCCGGCCGCCUUGUCAUGGUUGAAAACGACGAUGAGACCGCCUCGUUCUUUGUUGACUGCAAAAACAUUGGAGCCCAGUUUGUCCAUGCAGUGGCAGAUGGCGUCGCCUUGUCCGAUAUCCUUCAGCCCCUCUACGUUCCAGAUGUUGUCAACUCCUUCUUUUUGAUGAAUAGGGUGUCGAACUACGAAGGUGUUUCCAAGCCAUUGCUAGCAGUGCAAGUGACUGAGCUCGUUGACGGUAUCUUCAUCGGUUGCAGUUUAAACCACAGCGUUGCGGAUGGCACCUCCUUCUGGCGUUUCUUCAAUACUUGGUCUGGGAUCUCUAGGGGUUCUGAUCCCACAUCACUUGGUCUGGGUCCUCCAAUCACCCGAUCGAGUUUUCUUGAUGGUAUUAUCGAUCUCCCCAUUCGAUUUCCUUUCCAUGAGCGCAAUGACAUUCAGGAGAAAUCCAUUGCUCCACCUCUGAAACAAAGAUUUUUUCAUUUUUCAAAGGAGAAAAUUCAACAACUUAAAGCAAAAGCAAAUGCUGAAAUGAGCACCGACAAGAUAUCGUCCCUUCAAGCGGUUCUGGCUUAUCUUUGGCGUUCUGUGGUUCGCAGCCGCCGUCUCAAUGUCGAUGAAGAGGUUUGUUACUUCGUAGCUAUGGGAAUGAGGCAAAGAUUACAACCACCAUUGCCGGAAGAGUAUCUAGGAAACGCAAUUCAAUCUGGGAAUGUAACGGCCACUGCAGGUGAUCUUCUUGAACACGGACUAGGCUGGGCGGCUUGGCAGAUAAACAAGACGAUUGCUUCUCAAACAGAAGAAGAAGGAAGGAAGUACGUGGAGGAUUGGAUAAAAACCCCCAAGCUUUUAACAACCAGUGCCGUGCUAAUUAGUAAUAAAUUGUCCACAGGAAGCUCGCCGCGGUUCAAUGUGUACGGUAAUGACUUCGGCUGGGGAAGACCCCUCGCGGUCCGGAGUGGUGUUGGGAACAAGUUUGACGGGAAGUUAACAGUGUUUCCUGGGCCAGAAGAAGGAAGUAUGGAUUUUGAAGCUUGCCUCUCGCCUGAGACGCUGCUGGCAAUGGCAGACGAUGUAGAGUUCAACGAGGCAUUGGUCUCAUAAACUUCCUUGUGAACUUUCUUCCAUGCAUGCAAAAAUUAUGAAGGUGAACACCCAAUUGCGGUAAAUGACGAUAAUCGAGCGGGAGAUGACGACGAAACACAAAUAUGAAGGAUUUAGAGCAGUUGUUGAAUUUCAUUGGUGCAGAACAAGGCUAAUAUAUAUAUACAACAGGAUGUCAAGCAGAACAUGCAAUAUGAUGUUUUGGUCUUCUUUUUUGAAAUUUUUUGUAAUUAAUGAGUUGAAGCAAUGGUACUAUGAGUACAUUACUUUUAGGUGUUUGCGUAUUUUGAAACAAUGGUACUAUGAGUACAUUGCUUUUAGUUGUUUGCUUAUUUUGAAACAAUGGUGCAAUAUAUACCCAAAAUCUGAAGACAGUAUUCUGGGAAGUUCAUACUAGAAUUUCUGGUUCAAGAAAGUUUAAGAAGACUAGGGAGAAUAUUAGCAUUUGUCAAUUCUGGAACUUAGCAGCUUGCUCUGUGUUGUAAUAUUAGUUCCAGUUUGUUUCAGUUGUAUGCAAUUGCUGUAGUUUUUUGCUGUUA